AUGAGCCUCUUCAGGAUUCAUCGUUGCCUUAUUAUUUUUUCCUUCUACAUUCGUUACGCAUUUAUCAUAGCGUAUCCUAUUAUUCUGUCGCCAAUUCUCAUUCGGAACAGCGGAACAGUGAGUUUAGAGCAUGAUUUAUUGCCUUUAAAUGAAAACAGUUUGUUCUGUAGGCUUUUAAGUGAAAUAGUAUAAGUAUACCAAUGUCCAACACCAUACUGGUCAUAUUUGACUGAAGCCUUUUAAGGAAUUUGCGUAUGAAUCUUCUCUCACCAAUGCCAUCUUUAACUUCCCGCCCUAAGAAUUGAAAGCAGUACCAACGAUGUACUGUGGAAACUGCAUUAGUAAAACAAGAGUCAAAGACUUCUUAAAGAUUUAUAAGAAGCAAAAUGCCCCUCCGCGUGACUCAGUUAACAAACAUUUAUGAACACAAGUGUUCAUACUGAGUGAUUUCUGAAGUUUAUUAUUGAGAUUGUAGUUUGUUUCUUUCAUUUGGAAGAUCUCUUCACCAAGGGUCAUGUUACGCAUCCUAUCUUUUUAAAUCCCAUUUAGGAGUCGAAGGCAGCCUAUAUUCUUCUGCUGAUGAGCGGAUUCUGGAUAACCGGUUUCAUACCACUUUACGUUACCGCACUCUUCCCGCUCGUUCUUGCACCGCUGAUGGGACUAGUUCCCAGUGCCGUCAUAGCCAAAGAAUACGCAUCUGUAAGUCGCCGGCGCAUUUGGGUUGUUCGAAAGUAUGAAAUUUCCUCUUUGAUUCUCAGAAGUUCUGGCUGAAUUUCGCUAAUUGUCUCUCUCUCUAUCCUUUACGCAAUUUCACGUACGUCCUUCUGUCCCCGCGAAUAAAAAUAGAGCUCGACUUUCCUCUUUCUGGGUGGUAUGAUCCUGGCUAUUGCUGCAGAGAACACGAACUUGCAUCGUCGCAUCGCUGUCGCCUUCAUGCGCUGCAUGGGUCAAGAUCCUCGCUUGUAAGUCCAUGAACAUGAGGUAUUUUGUGAUAUCUCCAACCAAACAGCUCGUAAAUUAGGCACAAGGCAGCCAUAUCCCUUAGCGCCAACUCAACAGCUGCUGCACGCAUUCAGUGCAGUUUGUGUAACAACAGUCGUUUGUUUCAAUUUUCUCGUGCGACUGAAUGUCCUCUUGGGAUAACUUAAUGACUUGGUAGGUCGAGGCACAUGUUUGACAAGUGCCAUUGGACAAUAGUAAACUGGUAAUACAUCAUUGUUUUGUGGUGUCGACACUUGCCCAUAUUUUAGUAUUUUUAGUUUCCUGAGAUAUUAGCGUGUAAACUUGGACAUAAUUCUCCCACUUAGUCUAAAAGUUAGCUGGGAUAUUGAAACCGAAAUCUAUCAGCUUAUUGGAACCAUCGAGUGAUAUUCACAUUCCGCCCACAGGCAAAGUGAAUAGUAGUGGAUCUAUCGUGCCGGUGGCACAGUUGCUAUAGCAACAAGCCCAGACAGAUGCAUCAGCGCAUUUUUGCUGCUGCAUGACACAUCUACGACGGAGGUCAUUGCAUCAGUGCGUAGCCCCGCGUUCCAAUACGCGCUUUCUGGUAUGUAUUCCGGAUUCUAUCGUUAAACGUUCCCCUUUUCUCAGAAAUUUAUGUGUGGACUCGUGCAGCAGCACAAAAUCGGCGAAACUCCUGCUUACGCACUUAGCUACAACCUGUGCUGGGAGUUGGACCCCCUUAAACGGGUCACCUGGUAGACGUGCUAGUUUAGAGUUCAGCAGCUGCUAAUGGGGCUGCGCACACAUAGAAAAUGCCAAAAUUUUGGGGGUACGGUGGCAGGCCCCGUUGCAGUCUCACACCGCACCAAUCGGGAUCCGCGACACUCCCAACAGUAGGUGGGCUAACUCGUGAAAUGUCAACCGAAAUUCCGAAAUGCGUUUUCGUUUCGAAAAGAUUAAUUAAGUAAGGUUGUAAAACUAGUCAGCCUACAACAUAUUUCUAUAAUAUUUCAGCUACCUUAGGAUGCCGGCUUUCGAAAGAACUUUUUUCCGGCUACAUGCCAAACCACAUUCUGUAAAAAAGGACUACUUAAGUAGCACGAACUUUUCUCAUUGAAUUUCUAUACCCCUAAAAGUCCAACUAUAUUUCGUGGAAAGCAUGCAAAAAAUAUUCAUUCUUUGGCCCAUUCGGUAGAUAAUGACGUCUUCAUCUAUUUUUAUGCUCGAAGGAGAGACAUAGUUCGGUUUUCAAAAACUUUUCCAAUUCCCGAAUAAUUUUGAAUCCGCUCUAUCGUCACACUUUGAUUCAGGGUUUCCAAACUAAAAGCCGUAUAUUUUCCGCAUACGGAAAACCACACAUUUCUCUACGGUACUAAAGGAGGACCAUAUACGGUUCAUAAAAUGUAAUUGGACUUUUUGGGGCAUCGAAAAUCAAUGAGAGAAAAUUCAUGCUAAUCAUUAAUCAUUUUUUGUAGAAUGUGGUUUUAGCAUGCAGCCGGAUGGAGAUUCAUUCAAAAGCCGGCAUCCUGAUGUGACUGAAAUAAUAUAGAAUUAUGUCGCAGGCCGGCUAAUUUUACAACCCUACUUAAGUAAUCUUUUCGAAAGGAAAACGCAUUUCGGAAUUUCGGUUGACAUUUUCUGAGUAAGCCCACCUAAUGUAAUUUUUUUGCUGUAUAAAAUCCCGGUCAGUGUACGUUGUGAACCAUGGGGUGUGGCGGUACACCCAGGUGCAGGUUUUUGUCGUGCUGUAACGUUCCCGUCUAACGCAAAUAUACAGACAACGAGGCCCGACAGGAUAAGACGGUGACUAGUAGUAAUUUUACCAAAGGACCUAUAUACAAAACGAAACUAAGGGGGAAAUCCUUAUUACAAAAAACAGACUGAAUCUGGGGCGACUGUCCCCGGGGGGCGGCGGAGAUAACAUACAGUAGGUGGGCUAAAUCGUGAAAUGUCCGCCGAAAUUUCGAAAUCCGUUUUCGUUUCGAAAAGAUUAAUCAAGUAGGGUUGUAAAACCAAUCAUCGUGCAGUACAAUUCUAUAAUAAUUCAUUUGCCUCAGGAUGCCGGAUUUCGCCGAACUUCCUUCCGGCUGCAUGCCUAAACCAUACUCUGUAAAAAUGACUACUUAAAUAGCAUGCAUUUUUUCAUUGAUUUUCGAUUCCCUUAAAGAUUCAAUUAUAUUUCGUGGAAAACAUGCACAAAAUAUUUAUUCUUUUGCUCAUUCAGUGGAUAACCACGUCUUCUUUUAAUUUUGUAGUCGAAGGAAGGGUAUAAUUUGGUUUUAUAAAACUUUUCCAAUUCCCGAAUAAUUUUGAUCCCGCUUCAACCGUUACAUUUGGAUUCAGGGUUUCCAAACUACAAGCCGUAUAUUUUCCGCGUACGGAAAACCAUACAUUUCUCUACGGUAUUAGGAGAAGACAAUGUGGGGUUCCUAAAACUAAGCAGUGCAUUUCAGUAACAUUGUUAACUUUACAAGCCACACUGGUAAAUGCAGAGACAUGACGUUUUAUGAACGGCCAUUUCACGGUAUUAAAAUAUCUCACAAUUAGAAACUUUUUAAAAACCGAGUUAUGCCCCUGCUUCGAAGAUAAAAUCGGAAAAAGGCGUAAUUUUCUACCGAAUGAGCAAAAGAAUGAAUACUGCUAUGCAUGUUUUCCAUGGAAUAUAAUUGAAUUUCUAAGGGCAUCGAAAAUCAAUGAGAAAAAUGCAUGCUACUUACGUAGUCACUUUUUUACGGAGUCUAAGUCUUGCAUGCAGUCGGAAAAAAGUUCAUUCGAUAGCGUACACGCUGAGGUAACUGGAUUAUUAUAGAAUUAUACUGCAUAAUGAUUAGUUUUACGACCCUACUUAAUUAAUCUUUUCGAAACGAGAAGGCUUUUCGAAAUUUCGGCAGACAUUUCGUGAGUUGGCCCACCUACUGUAGGGGCUAGGGGCGGGCCUUCUAGAACUUUCUACAACACGGCGGCGCAUGGGCUAGCCGUCUAGAACUUUCUAUAAAGCCAUUCACCUGCGGUCUCUCCCGCCUCCGGUCUUCUUGACUUGUUCUUAACACCGGGCCCAGAUGGGGGGAAGAGAGAGUGCAAUAGAUCAUGCGCAAGUCUACUCUCACUAUAAACUAAUUCACGCGCAAGUCACCGUGCCCGGUCUCAAGCUGCUGUUGAACACGCGAUGGACAUAGUCACAGUCGACGAUAAAACUGUCAUGCGGGGGGUGAAGAGGGGAAGUAACUGACUCAGCACGCCACGGAUUAUUAAGCUGCCCGAGCUCAGGUCGGGGAAGACGCUAACCUCAGACGGGGUUCCGAGGUGGAGAAGAUAGUUGCCAGUGAAGGGAAAAUCGGAGAUGUAAUAUGUACGAGCAAGGUGGCAGCCAGGCGAGGGUUGCAGACUCUUGCCAUGAGGCAGUCGUUCGAGCGUCUUUAGCGAGGGCACGUCCGCGUCAGCUUUCUAGGCGAUUGGCCGGUUUGGGUAGUGGAGAUUGGCCGAACAUCAAACGGAACCCCUCCGUCUAAGGCAACAGCCAGACACGAUGAGAGAACAGCAUGCAUGAUCCCAGAAUGCCACAAAAUGACUGCCGCAGAUGUGUACCCGUAAGUAUGCCCUAGGUAGGCAGCGAAACGUUGAAGUAGAUGCCGGAGUAAGGGUCUUUAAAUAAUGAGUAAAUGCCCACUGUGAAACCAGAUGAAGAGAGAAGGCCCGUGGAUCUGUACUAGAAAGCCCAGGAUACUCCUUUUUUCGACGGUACUCAUAAAACCGUAGAACCGUAAACAGGAAAGUCACUGAAGUGUGUCAUGUUGUGCACAAGUAUCAUUCCGGUCAGGCGUAUGUAGAUUUUCGAAAGAAGCAGAAGUGUAAAUGAUACCAAACUUGAUAGAUAAGUGUAAGAACAAACGAAGUUCAUUAGCCACUUUUUUCGUGAAGUUAAAAACACCCUGAUCAAGUAAGGAACCCUGCCCAUAUAACACCGAGUGGCAUCACUCUUAUCCCUCUCCCUACAACUUAUGCUCGAAUACAUUACCUCAAUGGACUCAUUUAGAUCUUUCCUCUAUUACCGAAUACAUGGAAAUUAUACGCUUAAUUUUUUUAUCUUAUUUAGGUUAAUACUGAGCGUGAUGCUUCCCACCUGGUUUCUCUCAAUGUGGAUGAGUAACACAGCCACAACUGUGAUGAUGAUUACCAUCGUGGAGGCGCUCUUAACAAAACUGGACGACGCCACUGGGGGUAAAAAUUUUUAUUAAUUUCUAAUAGCAGUACAGCAAAACUACCCAUCUUUGUUCGUCAGGCCCUCUAAGAGACAAAACUAUAUUUUUUUUCUUUAUAGCCUCCUCUGAAAUGCCAGUUAUAAAGGAGGAAAUGGGGUAUGUUCCGAAGUAGCUUUAAUAUCCCAUUCACUUCACUCUUCCCCGACGUUUAACACUAUGCGGAAGUCCGUGACAUGUGUUCAAAUGGUCCAAUUGCACUUUCAGAGAGACGAGAAAAGGCCGAAAUCGAUUACGACGCUUUGCCACGGGAAUCAGCCUGUCAGUCUGUUACGCUGCUGGCUGUGGUGGAAUCGCAACUUUGAUUGGUUCGCCGCCGAAUAUCAUCUUUUAUGGUCUUGCAGUCAGGUAAGAAUUCAUUGAAAUGCGGCCGGGAGUGUCUCACAUCUUACCCGUUUGAAAGGGAGAAGUUUUAGUGCGACCAUAGACUGGCGUUUGCGGAGAAAAGUAGUAAGGAUUUUCAUGAUGUUGUCCAGCGAAAUUGAAUUAUUUCUUACCUAAUUUUAGCCGAUUUGGGAGCGAAAUUUCGCUAAAUUUCGGAUCAUGGAUGGCUUACGGACUCCCCAUGUCUCUACUCUGCCUGAUUUCUACUUGGAUUACUAUAUGCUUACUGUUUCUCGGACCCAAGUAAGUGUUAUCAUCAGACGUAGACGGUUUAAGCAUUUCAAAUCAAGGUGUAUUCUUAAGGCUACAAUAUUAAACUUACUUCUGUCUCCUUGAGGACAUUCUUCAAGUGCGGUUGCGGAAAAAAGAAAGAGGCCCCAAAGCAACAUCCUGUCGAAUUCACUGAGGAACCAACCCCGGCAAAAAGCACGGAGAAGUUGCAGGAACUAGAAAAUAGCAGUGACCAGGAGGAUGAUGAAGAAAUCCCGAUGGACAUUGUUGCAAUCGUUAAAAAAAUUUCCGAAGAGGAACGACGAGUUCUGGGUCCCAUGAAGUAAGUGUUUAUGUGAAAAAGUGACUUUCUUAGAGACGGUAGAUUCUUCAGUCUGACUUAUGACACCUCGUUCAUUAUGAAUAUAUUUAAGCUUGCCGGAUUUCGCUUUCCACGCAGCAUAGUCUUACAGAUCUACUACGCACUUAAAUCAGUUGGUGUCUGAAAUAAUAUUAUAGUAGAUGUGCUAUUUCAUUAAAUGUAAACUCGAAUGCGGAAAUAUGUUCUCGAUCCGAGAAGGCUACUUACGUAAGGUUGUAAUAUUAAUUAUUAUGUACACAUCAGAAUGCUGGCUCCUGAAUGAACAUUUUUCAGCCGUCUGCGAAAAAACACUCUGCAAAAAUGACUAAUUAAGUAGUACGGCGUUUUCAGCUCACUUUCUAUGCCCUUAUGAUUUCAAUUAUAUUUUUGGAAACCGCGUACGCUUUCAUAGAAAAUUACGCCUUUUUAAAAUUUUCCUCUUGAAAGAUGGGUAUUUUUUCCUUUUUAACACCUUUUUAAUUUCCAGAUAAUUUUUUGCCCCAUCUAUUGUUGCCGACAGGGCAACGGGCUCGUUACCCAGUGGUUAUAGGCGUGGAUUUCUAACUAACAGGUCGCGAGUUUGUGCCUCGGGUGUUCCACACUUCGGGGCUUGGUAUGACUAGCUGACGACGGCUAAUAAGCCAGAAAUGGCCAUCUCAGUCUCCCUUGUCUUUGUCGGUAAUAACAUACUGCCUAUAUCAUGCGCCGCUGUGCGGCUGCUGGUUGGGCUCGAGAGAAAGCCCGUAAGGCAAAACGGGACGAGUAAAUUCCGUAAGAACGAUCUGUGAGCGCCCCAUACCAUCAUGCAUUCAAUGUCUUUAAAUUACAUGCCGCCUACACUCCGUCAAAAGAAUAUCCCACAUUUGUCUAUACUGUUGGAAAGGCGCUCAAAAUCGCGCAAUGUUUGGGAACCAGGUUUGAUAUCUCAUAUAUAACACUAGUAAACGUGCCGGUGUCAUCCUUUAUGAAUGGGAUUUUCACAGUCUAGAAGAUAUUUCUAAUUAGAAAUCUUUUUAAAACCAAAAAAGCUGAAGAAGACCUAAUUUGCCACCAAAUUAUUACAACAAAGGAUAUUUUUGUGCAUAUGUUUUAUAUUAUCUAUGAAGAUUUGUGAAGUCAAAGGGGAAAAUUCAUACUACAUAAGUGGUCAUUUUUGAUAAGGCGCAGUUUUUGCAGACAGCGGAAAAGAAUCUCAUUCAAAGGCCAGCAUCCUGCUGUGACUGAAAUAUCCUAGAAGUAUGUCUCACGACAACUAGUAUAACAGUCCUAUUUGAGCAAUCUUUUCGAGUCAAAAACAUAUUUUAGAAUUUCGGAUAAUAUUUCAUGAGAUAGCGUAUCUAUUGUAGAUCUUGGCUAACGAAAAUUAUAUUCUUUCAGCGUAUGCUGUACUCAUGCACUGUCGUUAUCUUAGUCUUUUCAAAUGACGUAUGUCCGCCAAACUUUUCAUGUUUUGAUGGGACCCCGGCGGGUCUUUAAUAAACAAUUAUUAUCUAUAUUCUAGGUUUGGCGAAAUAGCCUGCAUGGCCUUGUUCAUACUGCUAAUUGGCCUGUGGAUUACACGGGAGCCCGGUGUGCCCGGAUGGUCUCGUUUCAUGCCAGUUGGAAAUGAUUCCAGAGGAAGAACUGUGAUGUAAGUUACAAAUGUUUAACCAGACCGAUCGCUUACUUGAAGAAGAUCACCGACGAAGAACGAAAUGGCCAGUCGAUCUUAACCGCCGUUUUUUGGCUGCGUCCCCAAUCUAUGAGGGCAAGACGGAGUACCGAAACUCACCUUUGAAUUCAGACCGGAUCAGUCCAUUCUACAUGCAAGGAUCUCUGGUCGCAGCUGACACACCAUGAACUCGCGGGGGUUCUAAUAAUCGGGGUGUGUGUGUUGAGGUGCAGCGAUCACUAGGUCAAGUGGCGACUAACAGGGCGAAGGUCGACGGAGCCGCGUCCGCGUUGAAGCCGGUCGAGUGGCCGCGGGAUAGUUCGUCCGGGCUUAGGGGAGGGUGCAUUGCGGUAGAAUACUUUGCAGCGAGACUUUAGAGCACUCAGUUGUUUGAAGCCCGAAACAAAUAAUGUGAUUCGCGUGAUGAGGAGUAAAAUUCACAGUAAUUGAUGCGGUGGUGGCUUGUCAGUCCGAGUCAUUAAUUGCCGUGAUUUCGUCAUCCAUCAACAAGCACAAUGACCUCCCGGUACCAUAUGCCGUGCUGAGAUUUUCCCUGGGCAGGGGAAUCAGUCACGUGGGGAGGGCGCGGGCGAGCAAUUAUCCCAAUGACAGUGAGACAAUUUGCCGAGCAAUCGUCACACCAGCAUCCAACCCGGAGGACGAAAUCACGGCCAUUAACGACUCGGAGUCGGACUGAAAAGUCACCACCGCAUCAAUUACGACCCCAGCAGCGGUGAUUGCGAGAGCUGUUAAUUACAGUGAGCAUAUGGUCCCACGGCAACCAUGUGCUAUAAAUACUGCAUUCCUUGUGUCACAAUCACCUUUAUCUGCGAAUGUCUCUGAUGAUGGAUUCGAGUGAGAAUCCGAAACGUCAAGCCAGUAAAUUUCGUGUUCCAGUGAUCGCAUCUUUUUCUUCUGAACUGCAACCUGGAACUCGCCUGUUCGCUUCUAUCACCGAUGGAAAACAUGUUAUAAAUAGUGAUUUCAUUGUCAUUUCUUUUUCUCGGCAGGACGUCUCGACUGCUGAUUUUUGAUUGCCAUGUUUCUGCCCUCCAGAACUCUCUGGAGAGACACUCUAUGGCAAAGCGCAGUCGCCAUAUGUCGUCUUGUAACCAUGCUAGCCCGCCGAGCGCCAUGUAGAUUUACCAUAACAGAAUUUGCUUUCUCUAUAAAGGUACGUAGACGACACACAACCUACGAUCCUUUUCACCAUCCUGGCCUUCAUUAUACCCGCGACAAACCCUUUUCGUCUUCACAAGAACGAAACAGAAACAGGUGAGUAAACGCACUUGGAGGCGACACUUCACUUCCAUCUGGAAAUUGAAAGAGCGCCGGUUAGUCUACUGCUUUUGUCAUUAUAGUAGCGCUCGUUGGCCAAAGAAUGUCGAAAAUCAUGUAAUUUGCAUGACCGAAUAGAGCAUCCUCCUAGGCAUUAAACAAAACGCUGUCUACUAUACCGAGAGUUUAAGAAGCUCUAAAACGUCCAGAUCGGGCUUUCGACUACAGUUAUGGAUGAUGAAGACAGGCGCAAAGGAUAACUUAUUUCUCACAAGUUUCACACUCAAAUACAGUAGGUGGACUAGCUCAUGAAAGGUCCACCGAAAUUCCGAAAUGGGUUUUCAUUUCGAAAUGGAUUAAUUAAGUAGGGUUGUUAAGCCAGUUAGUCUGCAACAUAAUUCUAUAAUAAGUUAGUUACAUGAGGAUGUCGGCUUUUGAAUGAACUUCCUUCCAGUUCUAUGCAAAAACUACAUUCUGUAAAAAAACGACUGCUUAUGUAGCACGACUUUUUCUCGUUGAUUUUCGAUGUCCCUAAAUAUCCAAUUAUAUUUCAUGGAAAACAGGCAUAACAAUAUUCACUCUUUUGCUUAUCCGGUAGACAAAUACGUCUCCUUCUAAUUUUAUACUAGAAGAAGGGACGUAUUUCGGUUAUAAAAAAGUUUCUGAUUGUUAGACUUUUAAAUACCGUGAAAUAACCGUUCAUAAAUCGUCAUAUCUCUUCAUUUAUCAAUGUGCGUUUUGGAUUUAACCAUAUCGUUCAAAUCCACUGCUUAAUUUUAUGAACCCUAUAUAGUUCCCCUUUAUUACCGUAGAGCAAUAUGUGGUCUUCCGUGCGCGAAAAAUAUGCGGCUUGUAGUUUGGAAACCCUGAAUCCAAGUGUGACGGUAGAGCGGGUUCAAAAUUAUUCGGGAAUCGGAAAACUUUGUUAAAACCGAAUUAUGUCCCUCCUUCUAAUAUAAUUUUAGAAAGGGACGUAAUUACCUACCGAAUGAGCAAAAGGAUGAAUAUUGUUAUACAUGUUUUCCAUGAAAUAUAAGUGGAUAUUUAGGGGCAUCGAAAACCAAUGAGAAAUGUUCGUGCUACUUUAACACGAAACGAAAAUACAUUUCGGAAUUUCGGUUGACAUUUCAUGAGUUAGCCCACCUACUGUACACUCAGGGUCAUUACCGGGGAUGAGCAUGAGAGAUAUUAGUCCGACGCAAGCUCUUCUUUUUGAUCUCAUCUCUUUUGUCAGUGGCAUUUAAGGAGGAAAACUUCACAGGCAUGAGGUAAGUUAAUCCGAUGACCGGUUGAUUGUGGAAUGUGAACGACUAGUUACCUUUGCGGACGGUCCAAUGUCGCGGGCUCCCAUUAAUUGACCUUACAAUGCGUUCAAGGCAGCUGAUAUAUCUCUUUCACGUGAUAAUGCAUGAGGAGUUUCGAACAUUAUUUUCGCCCUCCAUGAACUGUUGAUAGUUAUUCUGUACAUUACCUGUGAAUGCAUUUGCAGGCGUACGCUUUACAGCUACUCAUGCUCUCUCUCUCACCUCCUGAACCACUGCCGCGUUUCCUACUAUGUGACAUGUUGUGGAUCGAGCCCUGGGCUUCCAAAAUAGACAGCGCUGUUACGUCAUACCUAUACGAAUCCAACUUGCGGCUGGCACACGACCCGCUAAAGUUUUGCCAUCGACCAAGAUCUAGUCCGGAUUCCACCUACAGUGAGUGACCAAUCUCAUGAAAUGUUGGCUGAAAUUCUGAAAUGCGUUUUCGAUUAGGAAGGAUUACUUGGUCGCGGUUGUAAUACUGAUUAUCUUGCGGCAUACUCUUAUAACAUUUCGGACUCGGCAGGAUGUCGGCUUUCAAAUGCACUUCUUUUUAAUCUCCUGCAGAAAGCGUACUCGGUAAAAAAUGACUACUUAUGUAGCAUGCAUUUUUCCCAUUGAUUUUCGAUGGUCUUGGAAAUUCAAAUAUAUUUUACAGAAACCACAAACAAAAAUAUGCUUUCUUUUAGUCAAUCAAUAGAGAAUCACGUCUUCUUUAUAUAUUAUACUUAAGGAAGGAGUAUAAUUAGGCUUUAAAAAAGUUUCUAAUUAUGAGACUUUUUAAGACCGCGAAAUGUCCAUUCACAUAGCAUCGUACCUGGCCGUUUACCACUGCUCCUCAUGAAAUGUACAACAUGGUCCGCAUCCAUUGUAUAUUUUUAUGGAAUCUGUAUGAUAUCUCUUUAAUGGCAUAGAAAAAUAUGUAAUCUUCUUUACGCGGAACGCAUGCACCUUGUAGAGUGAAAUCACUAAGCACUAAUGCAACGAAUGAUCAGGCUCAAAAUUAUUCGGCAAUUAGAAAACUUUUUUAAAACCUAAUUAUACUCCUUGCUUAAGUAUAAAAUUUAAAGAAGACGUGAUUCUCUAUUGAUUGACUAAAAGAAAGCAUAUUUUUGUUUAUGGUUUCUAUAAAAUAUAUUUGAAUUUCCAAGACCAUCGAAAAUCAAAGGGAAAAAUGCAUGCUACAUAAGUAGUCAUUUUUUACCCAGUACGCUUUCUACAGGAGAUUGAAAAGAAGUGCAUUUAAAUCCGACAUCCUGCCGAGUCCGAAAUGUUAUAAGAGUAUGACGCAAGGCAAUUAGUAUUACAACCGCGACCAAGUAAUCCUUCCUAAUCGAAAACACAUUUCAGAAUUUCAGCCAACAUUUCAUGAGAUUGGUCACUCACUGUAGCUGGCAGCGAAGUUGAGCCUCUGCGACCUAUCAUGACUUCAGUGCCUCGCAUGCGUUAACAACUAUUUCCCAUUCCUCGUAACUCGUGGUUGAUCCUUAGGUUUAACUUAUCGAGGGUUCGCAUGACAUCGUACUCGUUCGCGAUGCGUUGCCGACGCAACAAAUAGAUUAUUCAGUUUAAGGGAUUGUUUUUUUGACGAAUCCUCCUCUGCUCUGUAUACUGGUGCGACCGAUUAUUUGCUGUUUGUUGGAUAUGGCCCUUUACAAAACCAAGACCCUCAUGCCUUCUAACUUGCCUCAGGGAUUGGAGGGAGUUUCUCAUCAUUGAUUUGGCUGCACACUCUCCUUUGGUCGAGCGCCUCAUCUGCGAGUCCGUGUUGUGAUUGUUAUUGAUUCUCUCGGGGAGUGCUGGAAAAUGUCAGUUUUCAACACCAAAUGCAUCUUCCUGCACCAUCUACCUCCAAUGGGAGUAUUUUCUAUAAACAUUUGUGAAUUUAUAAGAGCAUCGAGAAACAUUGCGACACUUUUAUACUUCUUGAUUAGCCCUUUUUGUUAAUCGAAAUUUUGAAGACUGCCGUAAAGUAGUUCCUUUAAAAGCCGACAUCCUGUUGUGACUGGAAUAUCUUGCAAUUGGGACACAUGGUAAUCAAUAUUACAACCCCCUUAAGUAAUGCUUUCUAUCUGAAAACACAUUUUUAAACUUCAAUCAACAUUUCAUGAGUAGGCUAUCUACCGUAUGUCCAGAGAAUCAAAUUUUCAGUGUUGGCUUACAGUCAAUAGAGAGCCACUUGGCGUAAAAUAUCCUAUCAUGACAAUAGAUUCAACCAAAGGAAUUAUACGAGAUAUUAUCUUCCUAGAAUGUCUGAUUUCGUCUUCAAUAGGAAUUAGUUGAGUACAAGACCUACGAACCAACGAUAAAGGCUGGUCCUUGUAAUUUGACUGAGCCACGUGCGACGAAACGGACUAAGUUUUUGCCCCAAUACAGUCUUCUCUCUCCGUCUUAAAAGAAAUUUAAGAUUCUGAUAAAUUUUCAUUGUUAAAUUAGGGAAUCAGACUUCCUUGUUUUGAUCUGUGUGGCCUUCGCUGGACAGAUGUCCUUAUUGAUGGAAUUCGCACUUUUGUCGAAAACGGAACUAUUUAGAGUAGAAGAAAUAAUUUAUUUCACUCCAGAGGCCAAAAAAUCAUCAAUCGACGUUUAAGUACUGUAACAAGAGCUCCAUUCCCCUACGUUUGGCGAUCUUUUUCAUUUCAGAUAAGGAGGCCCGAAAGCGGAUUAACAGCAAUAUCAUUUCUUGGGAAGUCGCUAACAGCCGCACCUGUUGGGGUGUCCUCAUUCUCCUCGGUGGGGGAUUUGCGCUGUCUAAAAUUGUUUCGGUAAGCUACUUGGACAAAUUUCAACUCCUCCCGGCGAAACAGACACUUGAGUCCUGUACCAUGCCGUAG